GAGAGAGGGAGAGAGAGCAAGAGAGAGAGCGAGAGAACGAGAGAGAGAGAGAGAGAGAGCGAGAGAGAAAGAGAGAACUGAGCAGUGAAUGAGUAAACCUAAUUUCCAUGUCAAGAAUAAGAGAGGGAACUAGAGAGAGACAAGUGGUAUGCGAAGGGAAUAAUAUACACUUAUCAGAAGAUGUGGAGAGAAAGAGAGGGGGAAGGAGAGGAAGGGAAGAGAGAGUGGGGAGUGUGAAACAGAGAGAAAGGGGUGCACUCUAACAGAAAGAGGAAGAGAGAGCAGAGAGAGGAGAGCAAAACUGUUUUUUUCUAACCCCAUGUUGCUCACACCGUGAGAGAAUAUUUUUUUAGUUUUCUCACCACUUAUCAUAGGGAAUAAAAACCUUGUUAAACUGGGAUUUUCUUCAAUCUGAAUUCAACUGUCAAACAGAUUUAAUCUCAGACUGAUUCUUCUUGUGGGACUAGUUUUAUUAGGAUCCUACUAGUUGUCUAGUGUGGAUAUAAUACCAGUCUGUCUUUGAGAUGGGGUCCAGAACUCUUCUACUUAUUCUGGGUCUUAAUUUCAGUCUACUGGAGAACCUAGAGGCCAGAGAUUGCAGCCUGGGCUUCAUAGCCAAAGGGAGAACACUGUGUGUUGAUACAGAUGAGUGUAAAGAGUGGGACAGUACCCCACCCUGUGGAAGUAAUGCCGCAUGUUACAACACACAGGGGAGCUUCUACUGUCAGUGUCCACCUGGGUUCAUAUCCACAACGACUGUCAAAUUCACUCCUCUCAAUGGGGAUUGUAAGGACCUCAAUGAGUGCCAGGGGAAACUACGGGUUUGUACCAGCAACGCCAUUUGCCUCAACACCAUCGGGAGCUUCAACUGCCAAUGCGAACCUGGUUUCAGAUUCUCUGCUUAUGCUGGACACUGUGAAGACCUCGAUGAGUGCCAGGAGACACCACAGCUUUGUGGCAACAACACCAUUUGCCUCAACACCUUCGGGAGCUACCACUGCCUGUGCCAACCUGGGUUCAGAGUCUCUAAUCACGCUGUGAAGAACUGAUGGAAUGCCCAAUAUGAUGAGUUUACCAAUGGUUUUGUCACGUCUGCUUCUCCUCCCCUUCUCUGAUGCUCGAGGUCUCCAGGUGGCUCAUCAUUACUCACACCUCUCAUCAUCGCUACGCGCCCCAGCGCUUCAUUGGACUCACCUGGACUCCAUCAUGUCAUUGAUUAUCUACCCUAUAUCUGUCACCCCCUCCAGUUAAUUUUCUGUGUCUGCAUUGAUGUUGUUUUGUUUCUCCUGUCCAGACGCUGUUCCUGUUUUUCAUGUCUGUUAAUCCAUUAAAUAAUCAUUCCCUGUA